AACAGACUAGAAGAAGAGACAGAGGAAGAAGAAGAAGAAGAAGAAGAAGAAGAAGAAGAAGAUUAAGAAGCAUCUCUGUCGAUAACGCUAAACUAGACUUCUCUCAAAUAUUAAUGUUAAAAUGUAGUGCGACGGAUAACAGCUUUGACCUGCACGCGCUGAUACGUGUCAUGUGCGUUUUGAUUGUUGUAGAAAGAAGUGCCCAAGUCUUACACGUUGGACGGUUUUUAUUGCAUUAUUAUAGCUGUUAUCAUAUAUAAUGAUUUUAUUGACUGUGUUUUAUAUAGUCGCUAGAUACACCCCCAAAUACGAAGGGCAUUGAGUGGAUAUCUACUGCUACUUUGUAAAUACACUGUAACACUUGAGCCUCAAAUAUUAGUUGGAUAACAUGACUGACCGCUUCAACAAUCAAUAAGUUACAUUUUCUAUACAUUGUUGAAAUUACUUACAUCAAGGCAUGAUUUGUAACGUUACAUUUCCGUCAGCGGCGUCGAUUAUUUUGAUUAUUGAGAAAUUGGCGUCGACACGCUGCUAGCUCAGACGGCGAGCAAUUUAUUCGGUUGCAAAACAUGUAGGGAGAAGAUGAGUUUAAGAGUGAUUCUUGACGCAGUGUCAUUGGGUAGACUACAUGCAAAAAUCCAGUAGAGUACUAAAUGGAUAAAUAAUGUACAACAAGUACAACUGGGAAGUCAGUUUUAAGUUUAGUCAGCGGAUUCUUCUGUCUAGCAUACUACAUAAAAGCACAGUUCCUCCACACACAAGUGAAGUGAAGAUCUCUUAUUUUGAGCAUAAGUAGUAAACCGAGGACUUGGUGUUGAGGAACCAUGAGGAGAGUCAUGAAACAAUCCAGCUGUUAUUUCAGCAAACGGACGAUGAUUCUUCUUCUGAGCUUGGCUUUGAUGUCACUGGCGUUUUUAAAGCUGCCUUCCUUUCAUACGGAACUAAAACCUGUGGAAGUGCCUGUAGACAACAAAUUCAGAAAGCGUGUCCAUUCUCAUGUCCGAGAGAUACUAGACAAAGAAUGCAGACCUUCCUUUGCCCGGCAGAGAAUGGUGACUGAACAUCAUGGCUCCACACCAACAAUAGAUCCUUUUUUGAACAAGAACAUGAAGUUAGAUGAACAAAUAUUCCAGUAUCCUCCACCCUUUGGGUUCCUGGACAUGAAGAACAAGCUUGAGGAAAUCCUAAACCUCUUACCAGUUUCUUCUGAACAGAGGCUUGGGGAGCGAGAUUGUCGACGCUGUGUAGUGGUUGGGAAUGGAGGGAUACUGAAAGGAUUAGGACUCGGACAUCUACUUAAUCGUUUCGAUAUUAUCAUCAGACUGAACAGUGGUCCUCUUCAAGACUUCAGUGCAGAUGUUGGGAACCGCACCACUAUCAGAAUGAGCUACCCUGAAAGCUGCCCGAAGGUCUGGGAAGAUACGGAUCCAGACCUCAAAUAUGUGGCUGUGAUAUUCAAGUCUGUAGACUUCCACUGGCUUCGUGCAAUGAUCAGCAGGACACCAGUUUCGCUGUGGGACAGGCUGUUUUUCUGGCAGAACGUGCCAAUGAGCGUUCCAGUCAAGACCUCCCAGUUUCAUCUCCUGAAUCCCCAGAUUAUCCGUGAGAUGGCGUUGGAUCUGCUUAAUUAUCCCGAGCCUAAAAAGCGGCUCUGGAGCUGGGACCAGAACAUCCCUACAUUAGGGCUUACAGCUCUCAAUCUGGCAACAUACAUAUGUGACGAGGUGAGCCUAGCAGGCUUUGGCUAUAACCUCAGCCAGAAAGAGGCUCCUCUUCAUUACUAUGACAGCGUUCCCAUGACAACCAUUUUAAAGGAAGCCAUGCACAAUGUACAGAAAGAGACUGUUUUUCUCAAACGUUUGGUAGCCUCAGGCAGUAUUACGGACCUCACAGGUGGGAUACACUGCAGCUUCUGUUGAAACCAAAUGGCCCCUGCAUUACCAAACACCAUUGUGGGCCAGAUUUUCACAGGAGCCUGAAAGGAAUGAAGUUUUAUAGUGAAACACUGCUAAUGCAGCACUACUGAGUAUUUUACUAACCCUGAAACUGUGAUAAUGCUGUGGUCUUAAUCAAAUUAAAUCAAGUUUUAAUGUGAGUUUUAAAGGGGUAGUUCACCUAAAAUGAAUGUGUACUCAGUAUUAACUCUGCCUCAAGUGGUUCCAAACCUUUAUGAGUUUCUUAUAUCUACUGAACAUAAAUGAAGUACUAAAUAUUAAAGUAUGUUGGUUAUGGGUAGCCAUUUACAUCCAUAGUAAAUAACGAAACAAAGUAGAACAGACCGAGGGUGAGUAAAGGAUGACCGAAUAUUCAUUAUUGGGUGAACUAUCUAAUUUAAGUCUUUAGUUUUAAAAUGUUCUUUGCCAAAUCAACAAUUUUAAUAAAAACCUACUGCUUUUUAAUAUCUCAACAUGCCAAAUAUAGCAAUUUGUCAAUGACAAUAAUGCAAUAAGUCACUGCAAUAUGUGUAUCGUCUCAACAGAUAGAGCAGUUAUUGUUAAACACACUGAAGAGCUAAAUAAUUAUGCUGUGUCCUUCAUGUGAGGUGCAACAAGCUUCCCCACGCUACAUUUGGCAUGUAUGAAAUAGCUGAGAACUUUGAUGUAUAAUUUGUGUUGUGCAUCCAGACUGAUAACACUCGGAUUUAUUCAAGAUGUUCCUAAAGAAAUGUCUGUGAUGGGCUUAAACUGUCAGAACUAAACUGACAAUGCUUCUUGAGGAGUUGUGAAAAUCUUACAAAGGAUAGUUUUCACAAAGCAGUUUUAUAAAAAGCCACACAUUAGCAUUUUACUGAUAUUUAAGACAAGGCACAGUGUUACUUCUCGCAAUAAUCUUGCUCUUAAUGGAUUUAAAGUAUUAGUGUCCUUUUAUUCAGUUGUGUGCAAAUAAAUGCAAUAAAAAAAUAA